AUGAUUCCACGUUCAGCUCUCCUCGCUUCUCUCGCCCAGUUCAAGAAAUCUACCGUAUCUCUUUUGCCCACCUUACCCUUACCCCGCCUAACUCGUUUCGGCGCAAGACCGAUGUCGGCAACAGCUUCGCGACCCGACCCAUUCCGCCCCGCUGCACGGGUUGCAGGACAACGACAAGAUGUGUGGUCUGUCGUCAAUGAGGCCGCUGCAGCUUCACCUGUUCAGCCGAUCGUGAACAUGGGCCAAGGGUUCUUUGGCUACAACCCUCCCAAGUUCGCUCUCGAUGCCGCAAAGGAUGCGCUGGACCGAGUCGAAUGCAACCAAUACUCCCCCACCAAGGGUCGCCCUCGCCUCAGGCAAGCCAUUGCAGACGCAUACUCCCCUUUCUUCGGAAAGACUAUCAACCCCGAUACCGAGGUCUCGAUCACAACAGGCGCAAAUGAAGGCAUGCUCAGUGCCUUCAUGGGCUUCAUUGAGCCUGGCGAUGAAGUCAUCAUCUUCGAGCCCUUCUUUGACCAGUACAUCAGUAACAUUGAGAUGCCUGGUGGCACUAUCCGAUAUGUGCCUCUUCAGCCACCUAAGGAUGGUGCUACCCGAACCUCUCCUGCAUCGGAGUGGACUAUCAACUUCGAGGAGCUUGAGAAGGCCAUCAAUCCCAAGACUAGGAUGAUUGUCUUGAACUCUCCUCACAACCCCGUCGGCAAGGUCUUCUCGCGCGAGGAGCUCGAGCGCAUUGGUGACCUUUGCGUCAAGCACAACCUUAUUAUCCUGUCUGAUGAAGUCUAUGACCGUCUGUUUUACGUUCCAUUCACCAGAAUUGCUACCCUCUCUCCCCAGCUGUACGAGCGCACUUUGACCGUGGGCUCUGCCGGCAAGGCCUUCUACGCCACUGGCUGGCGUGUCGGCUACCUGAUUGGACCCGAGCAUCUGAUCAAGUACGUUGCUGGUGCGCACACCCGCAUCUGCUACAGCAGUGUUUCUCCUCUUCAGGAAGCCGCAGCUGUCGCCUUUGAGCAGGCCGAGAAGGAGGGCUUCUGGGAUGAGAGCCGAAACGACAUGAAGAACAAGAUCUCCCGUUUCUGCGAGGUCUUCGAUGAGCUUGGUAUCCCGUACUCUGACCCCGAGGGUGGGUACUUCGUCCUGGCCAACAUGGCCUCCGUCAAGCUCCCAGCUGACUACCCCUUCCCACCACACGUUGCCAACCGUCCUCGUGAUUUCAAGCUCUGCUGGUUCCUCAUCCAAGAGGUCGGCGUUGCUGCUAUCCCCCCGACUGAGUUCUACACUGAUGCCAACUCUCAUAUUGCUGAGGACUAUCUCCGCUUUGCUGUUUGCAAGAACGAUGAUGUUCUUGAGACUGCCAAGGAACGCCUCAGGGGGCUCAAGAAGUACAUCACUCAGUAA